AUGGGUUCAACCGGGUCUCCCCUCUCCCACAUUUCCCCAGUGCCCAAAACCCCCGAUGUCUCAGGCAAGAUGGUGAAGAAAGGGGACAGGCUGCUAAAGGAGAAGCUGCCACCUACCCUACCACCUUUGGGCGAGGAGGAACCAAAAAAUCCAGAGGAGUAUCAGUGCGUGGGGAUCUUGGAACAGGACUUUGUUGAACUCUGUACGCGUUCUGGAUACACAGAUUUCCCCAAAGUUGUUGUCCGAAACCACGGUCGCUCUACCUCCACCUCUGAAAAGCCGGUGGUGGAGGAACAGCGGGUCUCUGCCUCCUGUAGCCAAAACAGCCUUCUCCAGAUUGAGACCAAGUAUGCCUUCUUCCGGCCCACCAUCCAGGUGGAGCUGGAACAAGAGGACCCCAAGACAGUUCGGGAAAUCUUCAUCCGAGGUUGGAAACUGGCAGAUCCAAUUCUGGGUAUUCUCAGCAAGUGUCUGCCCUCUCUCACCCAGCUGCAAGCCAUCAACAUGUGGAAAGUGGGGCUGACGGAUGAAACCUUGACCACCUUCAUUGCCCUCAUUCCUACUUGUGCCUCCACUCUCAAGAAGGUGUCUCUGGAAGGAAACCCAAUAGCGGAACAGUCUUAUCACAGGCUCAUGGUUCCAGAAAGCACUAUCACGCACUUGUCUCUGAGGAACAACAACAUCGAUGACCAGGGAGCACGACUCCUGGGCCAAGCGCUGUCCACGCUGCGUACCAGCAACCGAAAUUUGGUCUCUCUCAACCUGGGCUACAAUCAUAUUGGAGAUGAGGGCGCUGGCUACAUAGCAGACGGCCUAAGGCUAAACCGCUCCCUGCUCUGGCUGUCUCUGGCUCACAAUCGCAUCCAGGACCAGGGUGCCCUGAAGAUAGCUGAGGUGCUGCAGCCUUUUGAACUCACACACACAGAGGUGGUGGAACGCCGGCGGCUCAUGCUGGAAAAGGGGACCCAGGACCGAUCGAGAACAUUAAGGGGUUCGCCCACUUCCUCCCGCCAUGGAGAACGCGAUCGGCCUCUUUUGGGAGCUAGUAGUACCGGGGCCAUUGACAAACUUCAGGCACCCAAGACCACCAAAGGUGCAUCGGGCAAGAAGAAGGAGAAGGAAGCAGCCAAGAAAGAGGAGAAGCCCGGGUCUGGGACAUCCCCCACACAGAAUGCCCCAAAGAAAGAAGAUUCCACCAAGGGUUCUAAAGCGAAGGUAACCAUACCGGAACAGAAGCCUGGUCGGGGGAAGGGGGCCAAGACAGGGCCCAAGGAGAAGCGAAGUACACUUGCUGAGUCUGAAGUGGUUCAGAAAAAGAUAACCCCUGAGCCCACUGAGAUACUCAAUCCUCUCCUAGAGCAAACAGAGCAUAAAAAUGGGAAGGUUUUCUUGCCAGGAAACAAAGUCCUUAUGCACCUCAAUCUUAUUCGGAACCGAAUUACAGAAGCGGGUCUGAGAGGCUUCCUCAGUGCUGUCCGAUAUCAAGUGAAGCACACCAAACCCAAAACUCCAACAAAGGGCCCAUCAGGACUGCUAAAACUGAUGCUGGGGAAAAAUUCCUUUCCCCCACAAUGUGAGACCUACAACAUGAUCCAGGAGUUAAUGCUUCCUCGAGAACUCAAGACUAAAAAAGAUGAAGAAGGCCCAUCUCUUUCUGUCCCCUGA